UCCUUUCCAUGAUAAAAAGAAAUGAGGAUAUAAAAUAUGUUAUGUAUGUACUUGGAGAUGCCAUUUAUAUGCCUGGGUGUCAUCAUUGGCUAAACAAUGUGAUACUCUAAAAGAUUUGUUUGAAAGUUAUAUCAACAGGGGUGUUAAGUGGAAUUAAAAGUGCAAUUUAUUGAAUUUUUUAGAUUUUUAAAAUACAUAAUAAUAGAUCCGCGUUGUAUUUCUUUUAACAGAUGGGCUUAGGUCAUGAGCAAGGAUUUGGAGCCCCCUGUUUAAAAUGCAAAGAAAAAUGUGAAGGAUUUGAACUGCACUUCUGGAGAAAAAUAUGUCGUAACUGCAAGUGUGGCCAAGAAGAACAUGAUGUCCUCCUUAGCAAUGAAGAGGAUCGAAAAGUGGGGAAACUAUUUGAAGACACCAAGUACACCACCCUGAUUGCAAAGUUAAAAUCAGAUGGAAUUCCCAUGUAUAAACGCAAUGUUAUGAUAUUGACCAAUCCAGUUGCUGCGAAGAAGAAUGUCUCCAUCAAUACCGUUACCUAUGAAUGGGCUCCUCCUGUCCAGAAUCAGGCAUUGGCCAGACAAUACAUGCAGAUGCUGCCUAAGGAGAAACAGCCAGUGGCAGGCUCCGAGGGGGCCCAGUACCGGAAGAAGCAGCUGGCAAAGCAGCUCCCUGCACAUGACCAGGACCCUGCAAAAUGCCAUGAGUUGUCUCCCAAAGAGGUGAAGGAGAUGGAGCAGUUUGUGAAGAAAUAUAAGAAUGAGGCUCUGGGAGUAGGAGAUGUCAAACUUCCCUGUGAGAUGGAUGCUCAAGGCCCUGACAAAGUAUAUAUCCCAGUGGGGGAUAGAAACACCCCAGCAGCAGUACGAGCUGUGGAGAACAAGUCUGCUGAGCACAAAAAAGCCCAAUACUCCUGCUACUGCUGUAAGCUAAGUAUGAAGGAAGGAGACCCAGCCAUCUAUGCUGAAAGGGCUGGCUAUAAUAAACUGUGGCACCCAGCUUGUUUUGUCUGCAGCAUCUGUGGUGAACUCCUGGUUGACAUGAUAUACUUCUGGAAGAAUGGGAAGCUGUACUGUGGCAGACAUUACUGUGACAGUGAGAAGCCCCGAUGUGCUGGCUGUGAUGAGCUGAUAUUCAGCAAUGAGUAUACUCAAGCAGAAAACCAGAAUUGGCAUCUGAAACACUUCUGCUGCUUUGACUGUGACAACAUCCUCGCAGGCGAAAUAUAUGUGAUGGUCAAUGACAAGCCUGUUUGCAAGCCCUGCUAUGUGAAGAACCAUGCUGUGGUAUGUCAAGGAUGCCACAAUGCAAUUGAUCCAGAAGUGCAGCGAGUGAGCUACAACAACUUCAGCUGGCAUGCGUCCACAGAGUGCUUCCUGUGCUCCUGCUGCAGCAAAUGUCUUAUUGGGCAAAAGUUCAUGCCUAUGGAAGGGAUGGUUUUCUGUUCAGUGGAGUGUAAGAAGAUGAUGUCCUAGGAGAGUACCACACAGCAUUGAGCCAUAGCUAUCCAAAGCAGCCUGCAUUUCUAUGAUAAAAUGCAAUUUGAAAAAAUAAAAGGAAAAGAA